CCGUAUCGUCGAUCUGCUUGUAUAUCCCUCAAAGCAAACAACCUUUCACCAUGCGCUGCCGGUCGCGCUUACCCCAGGCGGCGAAGGCAAUGUGGCCUUGCGCGCCCCUCCAUCCCCCGUAGAAGUUGCAACGACCAAGCCAGCGACCCUCGCGACCCAAUACUAAUCUCAACGCAUACGAUGCAGCAGGAGAAUGAGCGCAUGAAGCUCAAAGAUGGCCGUACCCUCUCCUACGCUAUCUACGGCAGCCCGAUGCCACAGAAGACGAUAGUCUUCAUGCAUGGCUGCCAAUCCUCGCGCUACGAAGGCAAGCUAUGGCACUCGGCCUGCGCCCUACACAACGUCCGAAUUAUCGCACCCGACCGUCCUGGCAGCGGCCAGUCGACCUUCCAGAUCAAUCGUCGCAUCCUUGAUUGGCCUACCGACGUACUCGCCCUGACCGACCAUCUCAAGAUCCACAACUUCUACGUACUAGGUGUAUCGGGAGGCGCGCCUUAUGUACUGGCCUGCGUCAAGGAGGUGUCGAGGGACCGUCUGCUGGGGGCCAGUAUCGUCAGCGGUCUAUACCCUGUCAAGUUCGGCACAGCUGGCAUGCUGCUACCUUCGCGCAUCGUCCUUUGGGCAGCGCCGUGGGUCAACGGGCUAACCACCACGUUGUUCGAGAGCACCAUCGGUAAGCCAAGUCGCGAUGACGACCCGAAAGUCCUGGAGGGCAUCAUUGCCAAGGAGAUCCGGAGCCGUCACCCCGCCGACCAAGAAGCUAUCCAUGAUACCACCAACUGGCCCAUCUACGUAGCCAUGACUAGAGAAUCGUUCCACCAGGGAAGCGAAGGCGCAAGCUGGGAAGCCAAAUUGAGCGGCAGCGACUGGGGCUUUGAGUUCGGACAUCUAUACGUUGGAGAGAACGGAGUACCGCUUACCUUGUGGCAUGGUCAGGAGGACCAGAAUUGUCCCGUCGCCAUGGCCCAGAAGGCCAAGGAGAUGUUGCCAGGAAGCGUAUUGCACUUGAAGAGUGGCGAAGGGCCCAUGAGCUACAUAUUCCGAAAUGCUGACAACAUUCUGGACGAUCUCAUGGACGAAAUGGAGAGCGAGGAGUACAUGAUGGUUGGUGCUGCGUAACUGCGUCGGUACAUGCUAUGCUGGUGUUGGACUCCCGCCCAGAUUGCGUCUCGAUGCUCUGGGUUCGUUGCUUGGUUUGCUCUUGCCAGGCUCGUCCAACCAGUCUUUGGUGCACAUGUUCAAUCACAAUCAGACCUCAUAGUUAACAUAUCACCACUUCACAUUUGGUUCUCGAUGACCACCUCAAGUAAUUGAGAA